AUGUUCUCCAAAACCUUCGUUCUCCUUUGCAUAUUCUUUUCAUACUCUUGCUAUUGUGACGGGGAUUAUUGUGAGCGUUUCAGGGAGUCCUUUGAUUCCCUCUUAUACAACCGUGUUCUGAUCGGCCAGGUGAUCAAAUCGUUGUUCACUCGUGGUGGAAUUCUCUCCUGUGCUCACAGAUGCUUGUCUCUUCCGUCAUGUUCAUCAUAUAACUACCAAAUGUCAGAGUCCGACUAUGGCGUUUGUGAGUUAAACGGCGGAAAAGAGGGUGAACAGGAAAACUUGGUGGAAAAACCUGGCUAUGUUUUCGCACGGCGGAGAAAGGUAACUCAGCUGUGUUUACCACCUUGGUUUAUCUUUCUUAAAAUCUCUUCUGAAUCGUUGAAUUUUUAUAAAUAAAGCACCAAAACGAAAGCAGAGAAGAGUGAAGUGAACGGAAGGGAGGAAGAGAGGAGUAGAAGAACCCAAAGAGGUCUUUGAUAAGCUCGAGAUAGGACUUGUUAGAGCUCGUAGAAGUCUAACCCUUCUGCGUUCGUUUUCAUUUUCACAGCCGCCACGCAGCUGCAAUGAGGCAAGACAGCUGAUCAGUAAGCCUGCAUCAGGCUAUUUCUAUAUCCAAGACAACAACUGUGAUAAGUUUAAAGUCUACUGCGACUUCACCUCAGAGCCCGGCUGGGCCUGGACUCUAGUUAUGUCAGAAAGCUUACAGAACGUUGGCAGACCUUUUACCCAACGGGGUUUGUUCAAAAAUGAGCCAAUGAGCCCAGACGUUCCCAACUGGGAGGCGUACAGGCUUCAAUUCGACCGCAUGAAAGGGUUGAGAUCUGAGUCAACACACUGGCGAAUAACUUGCAGUCUCAAUCUUGCGAGCGUUGUCGACUAUAGAGAUUACGUUCGAGCAAAGUUUAAAGACUUCGACUUAUUGACUCAUAAGAAUGGGGGUAAUAAAACUUGUGAACUCGUCGAUUACAUCGAUGUCCAUGGACACAACUGUAAAAACUGCACCGCAGUUUGGUAUCAGUCCGCUGAGUACAUUUUAGCCCACAAAAGCUACCAAAACCUCUGCGACUUUGCUAGAGCACCAGGGUCCAUUCAAGUUAAUGGUACUCAUAGCGAGCAAAAUUUUGGUCGGUAUGCAUUUUACAAUCCUAACUUCCGGUGCACAUCAAAUAACUCUGCCACAACCAACUACUGGUUUGGUUCACAAAUUUGA